AGCAGUCGAUAAGCAAAUGUUAAAUAAUGUUCUUCUGUAUCUGGACCUAUACUUUUCUCCCUACAGAUCCUAUAUUCAUAUCAGUAAUAUCUCCUUCUCCAGGUGAUUUCCCCAUCCAUGAACUAUGCCAAAGUUUCAGGGGCAGCAUUCGACACAGUGCAGGCCGACACCCAGAUAGUACCAGCCACGGUGGCAGAGGUGAUCAUGACUCUGUUCCUGACGAUGGUGGUGUGUAUGGGGGCCGUGAAUGGACGCACGCGCAGCCUGUUGGCCCCUCUCUGCAUCGGGCUGACCGUGACCGCAGACAUCCUGGCUGGGGGAGCAGUGUCUGGGGCAUGUAUGAACCCAGCUCGUGCCUUUGGCCCGGCCGUGGUGGCCGACUACUGGAGCUAUCACUGGAUCUACUGGGUGGGACCCAUGUCUGGAGCCCUGCUAACCGCCAGCUUCAUACGACUACUGCUUGGGGAUGAGAAAACCAGAGUUAUCUUGAUGUGAUACAGAUGUAGGUUUCCAGUUCAAGUCCAUAAAAAAGUCAAUUUCCAAAAUCCACAUAAAUUCUAACAGUAUUUUUGUGUUACUAUUUCCAUGUCUCUUAGUUUAA